AUGAACUGAAACGCACAAGCCCAACCAGCAUGACUAGAACUGCAAAUUUGAAAGAAACAGAAGCUUACAGACUUCAAAUUUGAAAAGAACAAGAGAUAAGAACAAAAGCAGUUUUAGUCCCAAACAAAACCUCCAUCAAUUCAGCCUGAAAAAUUCCAAAAUCCUACUGCAGAAACCCAACUCAGCUGCCACUCUGCACCAGCAACUCCUCUUUAAAACCCUCUCUCUCUCUCUCUCUCUUCCCCCUCCCUCGAAUGCUUCAUUUAAACCUUCAGCUAUCUCUCUCUAGACUCCAGAACCCAUUUUGAUUCCCCCAAACCCAAUUUCCAGCUCCCAAAAAGAUCUCACCUUUACCCUUCAAAUUGUUCAAUCCAAUGGAUCACAGCAACCCAAAUAAAUAAAUUUGAGUCCGACCCCUUGAAAAUCACAAACCCAAUUGCUGAAAUCAAACCGUUUCGAAAGCCCUUUGAUUUAUCGUGAUGAAUUCUGUAGACACUCACCCACUCAUCGGCUACUCAAUCGGCGACGAGCUCUUCCAAAACCGGCGGCUCAUGCGCCACGGUCCGCCACCGUUGCGGGGCGCGAUGCGAAUCCUUUCGCGCGUCAGCGGGCGCCGAAUGAGGCUGCGCGAGCCGUCGGUUCGGGUCCGGGAGAACGCGUUGGAGGAGCUGGAAGAGCGGCAGAACUUCUGGGCUUACUCGGAGCCCGCCAUAAUUCUGGACCUGCUGUGGAAUUUGGUUUUCGUGAUUGUUGGGUUCACUGUGCUGGGGCUGAGCGUGGAGGAGAAGCCCUUGGUGCCUAUGAGGGUUUGGGUUGUUGGGUACAUUUUGCUGUGUGUUGUUCAUGUUGGGUGUGUGGUUGCGCAGUAUCGGAGGAGGCGCGAGGAGGGCGAGGCGGGUUCGGGUGAGGUGGGUUGGGGGAGUAUUGGGAGUGAGAGUUCGGCGUCGGGGGGUAAUGUUGGGGGUUAUGGGGGUGAGCAUGGUCUGGCUGAUGAUGAUACAAGUGUCACCACGAGUCUGGAGUCAGCCAUUAGCAUGUUUUCAUUUAUAUGGUGGAGCAUUGGCUUCUACUGGGUGCUUAAUGGCGGCCAGACUUUGCUAUCCAGUUCACCUCGCCUUUACUGGCUCUGUGUUUCAUUUCUAGUUUUUGAUGUCACCUUCAUCAUUGUAUGUGUUGCUGCUUCAUGUCUUGUCGGAAUUGCAAUCUGCUGCUUCCUUCCAUGCAUAAUUGGAAUCUUAUGUGCUGUGACAGAUCAGGAUGGGGCAACAGAAGAAGAGAUUGAUGGAUUGCCAAAGUUCAAAUUCAGGAGGGUAGGUGACUCAGAGAAAGUUAAUGGUGAGGUCCAAGCUUUUGAAGGAUUCAUGGUCGAAUGUGACACCAAUGCACCAACUGAGCGUCCUAUUUCCCUGGUUGAUGCUCUCAUGCACCAUAUCUACCAUAGCUGGUCCAGUAAUAGGAUUGUUGGUGCCAUAGCUUUUCGUUCCAAACUUCUUUUGGAUUUUGUUGAUAGUCCUUCCCUUACAAUCCCCCUCCCUUUCCAAUUUCUUAUAAAAGAGCAUUUCACUAAUUUACUCCCUUAAUCUGCUGCUGAUUUCACCCCUUGAAACCCCACUGCCGAUUUUCACCCCAAACUUUUAUAUCGGCCAGUCCCCAUCGCCCCUACCUUCAUGUUUACCCACAUUCCGUCCCCAUUUUUUGUCCAAAAAUGUCACAUGCCGGUCAUUUAAUGUGAAGUUUUCAAUAAAAAGUUAGAUGAAACACGGGGAACAUGAUCGUAGGUGGGAAACCGGCCAUAUACAAUAGUUUUGGGUGAAACCAUGCAAAUCUUGUCUCUGGAUCUCUAAUGUGCUCCCAAGUGAUCAUUUGACGUUUGAUUUGGCAAUUCAUCACUGUGAAAAAGUAUACGACUAGAAGGCCCUCGUGACAUGAAUAUUUUUCGUAAAUUGCAGGAAUGCUGCAUCUGCCUUUCUGUCUACGAGAAUGGAGCAGAA